AUGAUCCCAAACUUUCCUCUUAGCACCCCGGUGAUCAAGUUGUUAGCCAAAUUUUUGCCUGCGAUACACCUUUUUUGGAAACCGGUGAAUUCUUUGCAAAGGUUCCCCAACGCCUUAGCCGCGGCAAUUCAACUGGGAAAUGUACAGUUUAGCCUCGAAUUUCGUGAACGAAUUCCAAGAGAGUAUGAAAGCAAACUCUUUCACAAACGAUCUCUGAUUGCUAUGGAUCAGAAGCAAAUUCUUCAAAUGCACCAAUCAUUUAGAUCCGUCUCGGCUGAUAAAAUCUCACCUGAUCUCUAUUCCACUUCUAAUCGAGUUCGCAGAUUUCUUCGAGCUGAUCCUCAGGGAUGGUCUAGGCCAUAUCAACUAAAUGAGGAAACAUACAAACAGGAUAUAGUUAUCUGGGACGAAGAAAUCCUAUCACCUGGAAAAGAAUAUAGUUUCAGAAUAUGCAGGCGCGAUAGCAAAGGAGCAAGGCAAAUUCUGAGCCCUUGGUCAGAUUCAGUUGACUUUCUCCACCUCCUCCCUGUCAAACCAGAAAUCCUCUCCAUAAAGCCGAGGUCACCCAAACGUCUUCAUAUACUGUGGUCUUACUCCCCGACCGAGUUUCUCGAACGGCAUUUGGAAAACAAUACGCAGAUUGAGGAGCAAGUUUCUUUUACCAUUGUCUUUCUCCAACUGCCCAAAUACUGGCAGAAAUAUCGCCCUGAUAACGCAAGUUCCGCAGAUACAAGUACAGCAUUUCCUAUGACGCUGCCUUCUUUUGUCAGAAUCCCUCUCCUUGUUGACGCCAUUCUUGCAGAACAGCAAAACUCAGAAUCUUUUAAUCACCUGGUCGAAUCUGGUGCUUCCCUAAUCUCUAACAUUCCCGGGCUCUGGCAACUGCCCAUUAGAGUUGACCAUGGUCGAAAAGAGGUAACAGUUCAAGGCCUGCUACCCGACAAAAUUUACGCCUUUUCUAUCUAUGCAUCUCACUCUCGUAUGUCGGAGCCGGCGCCAGCCUUGGCCACUUUGCUGCGCGAUACUUCAUACUCGCUGCUUAGCGAUGUUAAAGUCGCCAGUUUGGACGAAGAGCAUGUAGUAGUAGAGCAAAUGGAACAACAAUCGACCAGGGUAAGUGGACCACAAGAGACAACUCCUGACUGA